AUGCUUUCGAAAUUAAACUUUAUUUUGAUAUUCUUCUGUUGCGUUAUUUUUACAAGCAUUCGUGCGUGUUCGAUCACGUGUUUAAAUCAAACUACAAAAGCCUUACCACCGCCUAUAUUUAUCAAUGAUUCGGUAACUGACAUCCAAAUUCUCUUCGAAAUCUCAUGUAUCGAUCAAAAUAUUACACUAUCAUAUAUAAAUGUUAGUCUGUCGCUCGAUAAUAAAAAUGUUUUAGAGUUGAAAAGUCCAAAAGAGUUUCAGUUAGAUUUUACAACGAUACAGACACAAACUGGCACAUUUAAUAUCACUGUACACGGAUUAUUGUUAGGAUAUAGCCGUUUGUAUCUUCAUGUACAAUAUUUGAAUUCGAAUCAUUCUAUCUUGGAAAACAUCACAAAUGAUUAUGAUGUUGAUUUUGCUGUGAAACGUAAACAGACUGUGUUGGAUACAAUCUUCACUGUUGUUAUCAUUAUUUUGGUCUCGAUCGGAACGUUUCUUAUCGGUUGUAAACUAUUGACACAAAAUCUCUUUCAAAAUAUUCGUCGACCUGUUCCCAUUUUGAUCGGAUUAUUUUCACAGUUUUUUUGUUUACCAUUGCUUGCAUAUGGACUCGCAAAAAUAGUUAAAUUAUCAUCAUCAACUGCUCUCGGACUGCUAGCAACCGGUGCUUCACCCGGUGGUGGAGCUUCAAACAUGUAUGUGGCAAUGUACGGCGGAGAUAUCAGUCUUUCAAUGACAAUGACAUUUUGUAGUACAAUAACAGCAUUUGCUACAUUUCCUUUGUGGAUUCUAUUACUUGGUCGAGAUUUUAUUAAUGUUCACACCGUUCACUUUCCAUGGGAAAAUAUGUUUACAACGUUAUUUGCAUUGAUUGUGCCAGCAUCACUUGGUUUGGCAUUACGAUAUUUUAAGCCAAAUAUCGCCGAUCGUUUAACACGUCUAUUACGUUUUAUUACUAUUUUUUUCAUACUCUACAUUUUAACAUUUGGCAUUUAUACAAAUCUUUAUAUUUUUAAAUUGAUUAAUUAUAAGAUAAUCAUCACAAGUGCAUUAUUACCAUGGACAGGUUUUCUUAUUGGCAUUUUCUUUGCAUUAGUAACUUGUCAGACUCGUGAACGUUUGAUAGCCAUAUUUGUUGAAAGUGGAUUACAAAACACGGGUGUUGCCAUAUUUUUUCUUCGAUUAUCUUUACCACAACCAGAUUCGGAUUUAGCAAUUAUUGUUCCGAUAUUUGUUGCUAUUGCUAUACCCAUUCCAUUGUUAAUAAUUUAUGUUCUCGUUAGUGGUUAUCGUUACUAUAAAAAACGAAAAACGGGUUUAACAACAACAGUUUCAUCUGGAGAUGAAAACGCUCGAGAUGCAACUGAAUAUGAACGACUACCAAAUACUGAUGACGAAGCAUAG